GAUUGGCAUAGCUCUUCGUCCCCAUAACUCCAAAGUCAAGCCCGGUCUGCGUCCGUUGCGCUCACAGCGAAUCUAUCUCGUGUUGCGUUAGCGCGGAACAAUUCGGCGGAGUGGGGCCCACCCGGGGAGUUAAGACCCAUGUUCCUUUCGGACCUUUCACCCCGCUCCAUCUUUGCUGGCAUUGUCGAGCGGCAUCUUUGUACAAUCCGGGGUCUUCGCGGCGAUGUACGACAUCUUCUACGCGUCUCUUCUGGCUACCAGAUGCGCGCUACAAAUAGACUAUAUGUGACUGCCACAAGAACGUAGCUUUGGGUUGAGCACGACAACUUUUCAACAUGGCUGGCCACGCGAUUGCAAUGCAGCCAAGACGCGCUUUUCCUCCAACGCCUUUGCAUUCAGGGUUCAUGAGCCCAUGUCGCUUCGAAGGGGAAGUUCAGAACUUAUCAGUCCGUGGUGAGAUACCUUCAGAGAUCGAUGGCACUUUCUACAGAGUCAUGCCAGACCCACAGUUGCCUCCCUUUAUCGAGAACGAUCCUUGGUUCAAUGGCGACGGCAAUAUCAGCGCUUUCAAAAUCAAAGGUGGCAGUUCCCACUUCAAACAGAGAUAUGUCCGGACAGAGAAAUUCGUACGAGAGCGAGAGGCGAAGAGAGCCUUGAUUGGCAAAUAUCGCAACAAAUUCACUGAUGCUGUUGAGUUCAAAGUGCGCAGCACCGCAAAUACCAACGUGUUCCAUUUCAAUGGAAAGCUUCUUGCAUGCAAAGAAGACUCCCCUCCUUAUGCUCUAGAUCCGGAAACCCUGGAAACACUUCGGUUGGAAGACUUCAAUGGCCAACUACCUUCUUUGACUUUUACAGCUCAUCCGAAACUGGACGGAAAUGAGCUGUUGGGGUUUGGAUAUGAAGCAAAAGGCGAUGGCACGCCAGAUAUCUGCUACUUUUCCAUUGAUUCUACAGGCACCUUCACUGAGACUGUAUGGCUUGUCUCGCCUGUCGUUGCUAUGAUACAUGACUUCGCUAUUACAGAAAACUGGGUUUUAUUCCCAAUCAUCCCACAGACAUGCGAUCUUGAGCGGAUGAAGCAGGGCGGCGAACACUGGCAGUGGAAUCCGGAUAUCCCAUUCUACCUCGGAGUCUUACCUCGCCGUGGUGCAUCUGGAACCAAUGUCAAGUGGUUUCGCGCACCGAACGCGUUCCCCGGACACACAGUCAACGCCUACGAGGAUGAUUCCGGAAAUAUCGUCUUCGAUCUGCCUCUCACAGACAAAAACGUUUUCUUCUGGUGGCCAGAUGCCCAAGGCAACGCACCUAAUCCCGAGCAGAUUGCGGCGCAGCUCGUUCGUUUCACUUUCGAUCCUCGUUCAGAAGAUUUAGAUCUUCCACAGCACGAAAUUAUCAGUGGAGUCGAUUGCGAAUUUCCACGCGUCGACGACAGAUUCGUGGGGAGGAAGCACUCGCAUGCCUUUUUCAACGUCAUGGAUUCGACGCUCGGCACUGACUUUCCCAACACAAUGCCGAAGAUGGGAGGCGGUUAUGCUCCUUACAACUCCUUAGGCCACCUGAAUUACCAAACCAUGGCGAUUGAAAAGUAUUUCCCUGGGCCUACACAUUUUGUUCAGGAACCCGUAUUUGUCGCAAGGAAAGGCUCGACCACUGCAGAGGGUGACGGGUGGGUUAUCGCUCUUGUCAAUAACGCCGCCACUAUGGCUAGCGAACUCCAUAUCGUAGACACGAGAAACUUCGGGAAAGCGCAGGCAAUUAUUGAUUUGCCUAUUCGAUUGAGAGCUGGCUUACAUGGUAAUUGGGUCGAUAGUCAAGACUUGAAGCUAUCGACAUAGUUAUGAUGAUCGGUAGACAGGAGUGAACAAAAGCCGCUUGCAAUUCAUCGCUCGGUUGCAGAUACAUUCCCGUCACGCUUAAACGAAUAAGAGUUCUAUUGAAGAUUGUCACUCACGAGCAGAUUUGCC